AUGGCGCCAUACUACAUAAAAUCUAAGAGGGGCAAAAAUCUACUGGUCAACAAGGGGCACCUGUACUGCAGGCACUCCAAGAAGAAGACUUCUGUGUACUGGGUGUGCAUCCGGAAGCCGGAGUGCAUCACUCGGUGCACCACCACAGAAGAGUCCCUGCGCAUCCUGAAGGAGGGGGGGCAUGGCCACGCCCCGGACCCAGAGGCCAUUGCUGCGAGGUCGGCCGUCGAGGCCAUCAAGGACGCAGGGGUGCAGGCGCCAGAGCGAGCUCCGGUCCACAUCAUAGACCAGCAGAUGCACCGGCUCAGCGACGGGGUGGUCGCCAAGCUCCCACUCCGGCCGGCAAUGAAGCGGGCCGUUAACCGGGCGCGCAGCAGUCGACUCCCCGCCAACCCCAAGUCCAUCCGCGACCUCAGAGACUUACCGCCCGAAUUCAGGAACACACUCAGUGGGGACCUGUUCGUCGUUUAUGACUCCUACGGAGAACAAGAUGGCAGCGACGACGAAGACGAUGUUGAAGACACAAUCAUCGUAUUCGCAACCAAGGAGAACCUGAAGAAGCUGGGUCGCUCCUCAUCCUGGUUCACCGACGGCACGUUCAUGGUGUGCCCCUCGCUGUUCACUCAGCUCUUCACGAUUCACGGCCUGGUCGAGGACGUCGCCCUGCCUCUUGUCUAUGCGCUGCUGCCCAACAAAGCAGAAACCUCCCACACAAAGGUCCUGGAGGCCAUCAAGAACAAGGCAGACGAGCUGCAGAUCAACUUUCCGGAACCAGAGACAGUAGUUUCGGACUUCGAGGUGGCAAUCAUCAAUUCUGUGAAGAGCAUCUUCCCCAAUGCCACGAUUCCACUCUGCUUCUUUCAUCUGGGAAAUGUCCAGGGAGCGGGUCUGCAAGCAGCAUACAGCGACCCGGACAACCGAGAGCUCAAGGACGGGGUCCACAUGCUGCUGAGCCUCGCCUUUGUUCCGGUGGAAGACUUGCCGACAGCGUUCGACGAGCUGCGCGAGGUCCUCGUGGACGAUCUCCUGGACAUCGCGGACACGUUUGAAAAAACGUACAUCCAACUGAAGCCAAAGCCUGGCAGUGAUUAUCGUGGAGACAUGAACAGCUCCAUUUUCUCUACCUACUAUCGUAAGAAAGUGAUCCAAAAUGUCCAGGAACAAUCUGUGUUCUUCAUGGAUAAUGCAUCCUACCGCAAGUUUCAGAUCUCCUCUCAAAGAAUGUUCUAUGUUGCCAUGGGAAAAAGCUAUUUUUAG